AUGGCAGCUAUGGGGAUUCGAAUCAUACUAUUUCUAGCAGCAUGCUUGCUUCCACUAUAUGUUGAAGCCAUGGUUCGCCACUACAAGUUCAAUGUGGUGCUGAAGAAUGCCACAAGAUUGUGUUCAAACAAGCCCAUUGUCACCAUAAAUGGAAAGUUUCCAGGUCCUACCAUCUAUGCUAGGGAAGAUGACGCUGUUCUUGUUAAGGUGGUCAACCAUGUCAAAUACAAUGUUAGCAUCCACUGGCAUGGGGUUAGACAACUGCGAACGGGCUGGGCCGAUGGGCCAGCAUACAUAACCCAAUGUCCAAUUCAACCGGGCCAGGUUUAUAUGUACAACUUCACCCUUACAGGCCAGAGAGGCACACUUUGGUGGCAUGCACAUAUCCUCUGGCUUAGGGCCACUGUCCAUGGUGCAUUGGUCAUCUUGCCUAAGCUUGGAGUUCCUUACCCUUUUCCCAAACCCCGUAUGGAACAAGUUAUCAUAUUGAGUGAAUGGUGGAAAUCAGAUACUGAGGCUAUAAUAAAUGAAGCUUUGAAAUCUGGGUUGGCCCCUAAUGUCUCAGAUGCCCACACAAUCAAUGGUCACCCAGGACCUGUUCAAGGUUGUGCUUCACAAGGAGGAUUCACAUUCAAAGUUCAAUCAGGAAACACCUACUUGCUAAGAAUCAUAAACGCUGCACUCAAUGAAGAGCUCUUCUUUAAGAUUGCUAACCAUAAACUCAUUGUUGUUGAGGUUGAUGCCACCUACACAAAACCUUUCAAAACUGAUACCAUUGUUAUAGCACCUGGCCAAACCACAAAUGUGCUUCUAACAACUGAACAUGCAACUGGCAAAUACUUGGUUGCAGCAUCUCCUUUCAUGGAUGCUCCUAUUGCAGUUGACAACAACACUGCCACUGCCACUUUACACUAUUCAGGCACCCUUGGUUCCACUAUCACCACCCCCACUUCAGUGCCUCCUAAAAAUGCUACUUUACUUGCUACUAGUUUUACAAACUCCCUUAGAAGCUUAAACUCCAAAAAGUACCCUGCAAGAGUCCCAUUAAAGAUUGACCAUAACUUGCUCUUCACUGUUAGUCUUGGUAUCAACCCUUGUGCUACUUGUGUGAAUGGAAGUCGGGUAGUAGCAGAUAUCAACAAUGUCACCUUUGUGAUGCCUAAAAUUUCUCUUCUUCAAGCACAUUUCUUCAACAUUAAGGGAGUUUUCACAUAUGAUUUUCCUGGAAAUCCUCCUAUAGUCUAUAACUUCACAGGGACACAACCACCAAAUUUCAUGACCAUGAGAGGGACAAGACUCUAUAGACUUGCUUACAACUCUACAGUUCAAUUAGUCUUGCAAGAUACUGGAAUGAUAGCACCUGAGAACCAUCCUAUUCAUCUUCAUGGCUUCAAUUUCUUUGUAGUUGGUAAGGGACAAGGGAAUUUCAAUCCCAUAAAUGACACCAAAAAAUUUAACCUUGUUGAUCCUGUGGAGAGAAAUACAAUUGGUGUCCCAGCUGGGGGAUGGACUGCUAUUAGAUUCAGGGCUGAUAAUCCAGGGGUAUGGUUUAUGCAUUGCCAUUUGGAAAUUCAUACAACAUGGGGACUGAAGAUGGCAUUUGUUGUGGACAAUGGUAAAGGACCAAAUGAAUCUCUAUUACCACCUCCAAGUGACCUCCCUAGGUGUUGA